GGCUCGUUUGGUGAUCCAGUCCUCCACCCAUGGGAAGCUGCAGCAGCAUGAAGGUUCAUCAAUUCGCACGUGGACUCUGGGAGGCUCACGAACCCUCCCUCACUCUUGGCUGCAAGCGCUUACGCCCUCUCGCUCCCAAACUCCCCAACUCUCCUACUUCUUCUACUACUCUUGACACUCACAAUAUUACUACUACUGCUAUUUCUACUUCCCCUAACUCAUCCAUCGCUCCUUUCGAUCUCAAGAGCUUCAUCAGACCUGAAAGCGGCCCCCGCAAAACCGGGUCCUCCGACGUCGACAAGAAAGACUCGCCUCCGGUUGAGACGCACCCGGGAGGGACACGGUGGAAUCCAACGCAAGAACAGAUAGGUAUACUGGAGACUCUGUACAGGGGAGGAAUGCGCACUCCUAACGCCCAACAAAUAGAGCAAAUCACGGCUCAGCUCAGCAAGUUUGGGAAGAUCGAAGGAAAGAACGUGUUCUACUGGUUCCAAAACCACAAAGCCCGCGAGCGACAGAAGCAAAAGCGCAACAGCCUCGGCCUCAGCCACAGCCCCCGAACUCCUACUCCCAUCACCAUAGCUAACUUGGACAUCUCUAGGGGAGACGUGGAAAGAGACCGGGAAGAUAGUACUAGUCCGUACAAGAGGAAGUGCAGGAGCUGGGGAUUUGAAUGCUUAAUGGUAGAAGAUCAUAGUAGUACUAGAUCAUUAUAUAAUAACAACUAUAGACCAGAGGAGGGAGAUAGAACUCUGGAGCUUUUCCCACUACACCCGGAAGGCAGAUGAUCAUGAUGAGGGGGAGUUUUCGGGAAAUAAUAACAAUUCUUCCUCAUCAUAUUAUUUCUCAGCUUUUUUUUUUUUUGGUUAUGCGGCCAGGCCAGUCUGCCAUGAUCAGAUGUGCUUUUAUUUCCUUUUUCUUUCUUUCUUGGCUUCGGGAAAGAAGAAAGAGAAGUUGUCUCUCUCUCUCUACUCUGCUAGCUAGCUGCCUUAUUGGAACCAAA